GAAAAUGCCCAUUGAAUGCAGAGUGUGCCGUUCAUGUUUUGCCCCGGGCGCGCAUGCUCCGGUCAUGCUGUCCUGCGGCCACAGCACCUGCAGGAAGUGUCUCGAGCGUCUCCAGGAGCAAGCGCAGGACCUCAAGUGCCCCAUCUGUCGAAAAUCUCACGAAGGAGCUGAUCUGACGGAACUCAGAGAUAACUACGAUCUCUUGGACGCAGCCACCACACCGGCGGAACAGGAGCUUCUCAAGAUCGUCAUCAUUGGCUUAGAUGGGAGGGCACGCCGCGUGAGGGUCAGUCCUCAGGACAAAAUCGUUAGUAUCCUGAAGGAAUUGCAUGCUCGGUACGGCCUCGACGUGGACAAUAUGACUCUCUCUCGCGGAGGACGAAAAUUGGGCGUAGACCAAACCAUCGGCUCCUACAGAGUCACGGAAGGCACAAUCCUGCAGUUGACGACCAAGCAUUUGGGCGGCGCUGGGCAGGUCUAAACACAGGAUUUAUAUUCUCUCUCUCUCUCUCUCUCUCUCUCUCUCUCUCUCUCUCUCUCUCUCUCUCUCUCUCUCUCUCUCUCUCUCUCUCUCUCUCUCUCUCUCUCUCUCUCUCUUUCUUUGCCUUAACAUUUCUCUCAUUCUCUCAUGCGUUCCAAUAUCAGUAGAUCCUAUUGUCUUAGUUCAUAAUUAAUUCACAAACCAGUCUAUUAGUAAUAAUUGAGCAAUGUAA